AUGUGUGUAGGUGGCGUUGUAGCAGCAUUGGUGGGGUUUCCAGUUGGUGACAUUGUUGGGUUUCCAGUUGGUGACAUGGUUGGGGUUGCUGUUGUUGGGCCUGCAGCAGGAGCAGAAGGAGAGACAGAUGGCAGUGGAGUUGGUGUAUUGCUUGGUUGUUCAGUGGGUGGUUUUGUGGGUGACCUGCUGGGUGGUAUUGUUGGACCCCCAGUAGGAGUUUGGGUUGGCUCAUUGGUAGGAGGAGGGGAGGGUGCUUUGGUUGGACUAAAGGUAGGCGAUGGUGUUGGCAAUGAUGUCACAAUAUCAACAGCCUCCAGUGAGUUCCUUUGCAUUGCUGGAAAAGCAUUGAAUGCAGCUAGAAAAGUGGCCUUCUCAGCAUUUGUCUGGUACAUGAAGGCAUUGUUGACUUGA